AUGCUCAUCCCCAGUGGUGUCGCCACGGCUGUUUGUGCUGCCGUUGCCCUGACCGCCACCUCCCUUGCCCCCACCUCCCCCUUUGCCGUUGUUCCGAGCCUGCUUGCGGGGCUGGGUAGCGUUGAGGGAGGAGGAGGAGGGUUGGGAGGAGGCGAGGUUGACAAUGGGGGUGCGAAGUUUGACUUCGGUGUCUAUGAUCCACUGCUCAACGGAGGCGAGAUCGGCCAUGGGAUUGGCUUCGUCUGCAUCAGCGGUGGCUUGGUCGACGGUGAGUUGGAGGUCGGGUUCACGAGGAGGAUCGCCAGGAGAUGGAGGGAGAGGAGGGGUCUCGCCGGGGUGGUCAGGAGCGGUGGGGGGGAGAGCAUGGGGACGGCGGAGGAUGACGUCAAGGACGCGGUAGGGGGGAACCCAUGCAUCGAAGAGAACUCGACGAAUGCUGCCGAUGAAGGAGUGCCAGUUGAUGGCGGAUUUGUCCGCGGCGAGCUGCAGCUUAUCGAUAGAGGAGGUAUCAAUAGGAGGAGGGAGGGGGGAGGGUGUGGCGUGAGCCAUGAUGGACGGCCGCGGGGCGCUGGCGUGGAGGUGGCGUCAAGGCCGCGGAGGGGGAGGGCGCUGUCAGCAACGGCUGGCGAGGCCGCGGCAACGCUGGCGCGGAGGCGGCGUCGAGGCCGCGGAGUGGCGCGGGCGACGGCUGGCGAGGCCGCGGCGAGGCGCGGAGGCGGCGUCGAGGCCGCGGAGGGGAAGGGCGUGGGCGGCGGCGGCUGGCGAGGCCGCGGCGGCGCUGCCGCGGAGGCGGCGGCGAGGCCGCGGAGUGGCGCGGGCAGCGGCUGGCGAGGCCGCGGCGAGGCGCGGAGGCGGCGUCGAGGCCGCGGAGGGGAAGGGCGCGGGCGGCGGCGGCUGGCGAGGCCGCGGCGGCACUGGCGCGGAGGCGGCGGCGAGGCCGCGGAGUGGCGCGGGCGGCGGCUGGCGAGGCCGCGGCGAGGCGCGGAGGCGGGGUCGAGGCCGCGGAGGGGAAGGGCGCGGGCGGCGGCGGCUGGCGAGGCCGCGGCGGCGCUGGCGCGGAGGCGGCGGCGAGGCCGCGGAGUGGCGCGGGCGGCGGCUGGCGAGGCCGUGGCGAGGCGCAAAGGCGGCGGCGAGGCCGCGGAGGGGAAGGGCGCGGGCUGCGGCGGCUGGCGAGGCCGCGGCGGCGCUGGCGCAGAGGCGGCGGCGAGGCUGCGGAGUGGCGCGGGCGGCGGCUGGCGAGGCCGCGGCGAGGCGCGGAGGCGGCGUCGAGGCCGCGGAGGGGAAGGGCGCGGGUGGCGGCGGCUGGCGAGGCCGCGGCGACGCUGGCGCGGAGGCGGCGUCGAGGCCGCGGAGUGGCGCGGGCGGCGGCUGGCGAGGCCGCGGCGAGGCGCAGAGGCCGCGGAGGGGGAGGGCGCGGGUAGCGGCGGCUGGCGAGGCCGCGGCGGCGCUGGCGCGAAGGCGACAUCGAGGCCGCGGAGUGGCGCGGGCGGCGGCUGGUGA